AUGAAGCGCUGGACCGCAUCCAUCACAGCCGCAGCAGCGCUCGCCAGCCUCGCUGCCGCCGCUCCGAUGUCGACUUCGACCCAGGAACAGUACAGCAGCAGCAGCAACUGCGAACAAUACGGAAGCGUCCCGACCGGCGUCUACACCGUCUACAACAACCUGUGGGGCCAGAGCAAUGCCAAUUCCGGAAGCCAGUGCUUCAGCGUCACAAGCUUGAGCAGCGACGUGCUCGCCUGGAGCACCACGUGAGUUCCCAAUACCAUGAUCUAUGGUUCAUCGCUCCCUUGAUUCUAAAACUCUGGUGCCCUUCUAGGUGGUCCUGGACCGGCGGUGCCAACGACGUGAAAUCCUACGCCAACGCCGUGCUCACUUCUUUGACUUCUUCCUCGCCACAGCUCUCUUCGGUCAAAUCCAUGAAAUCGGAGUGGGAUUGGAGUUAUAACGGUACGGAUCUCGUGGCCGAUGUGGCGUAUGGUAUGUUCCGAAUCGAAUUCCCAAAUCAAUCCAAAAAAAUCCCAAAUUGUGUUUUUUCCGCAGCCAAAGAAACUUGGACAGAGAGAAAAAAGAGAAAGGCUGUUGAUGAUGGCUCAUAGACAUGUUCACCUCUUCCACAUCCGGCGGCUCCGAGGAAUACGAAAUCAUGGUCUGGCUCGCAGCCCUGGGCGGCGCGGGCCCCAUUUCCGCAAAAUACGUAAGUCAUCCUCUCCCUCACCCAUCCCCCCGCCCCCUCCUCCCCCUUUCAACCUCACUGACAUGACCUGACCCAAAAAAAAGGGCUCCGACGGCAACGCCACCUCCAUCGCCACGACAACCCUCUGCGGCACGAGCUGGAAUCUCUACAAGGGCUCCAACGGCGCACAGACGGUCUUCUCCUUCGUCCCGGCAGACGGGAGCCACGUGACGAAUUUCAGCGGCGAUGUGCUGCAAUUCUUCACCUAUCUCAUUUCGGAUCAAGGGUUUGAGAAGGCGCAGUAUCUCGUGAGUGCCGGGGCGGGGACGGAAGCUUUCACGGGGAGUGAGGCGGCCUUCACCACGAACAAGUAUAGUCUGAGUGUGGUGGCUUGA